AUGGCUCGCGUCUCGCUCUUCGUGCUCCUGGCCUUAGUCCUAGCCUUGGCCGUCUCCUACGUCCCUACUGCUUCAGCUUUCAACGCUGCAGGGUCGAUUCGUCUCGGUCUUUCCAAAAUCUUCCUUCCUCACCGGGCGCCGGAUGGUCCCAUACCUUCGUCUUCAUGCAAGAACAUCGAGUGUCCGGCGUACCAGUUAGUGCACGAAGAGUCGGACUUCCAGAUUCGCCGCUACAGGAGCAGCGUCUGGGCCGAGACGGACCCUAUUAACGAAGUGUCUUUCAAGAAGGCCGUUUACGCCGGCUUCCACAGGCUGUUUCAGUACAUUCAAGGUCGCAACGAGGAUGGCGUCACCAUCCCCAUGACUGCUCCCGUGCUCACAACCAUCAAACCCUCCGGCGGUCCCUUCUGCGCCUCCACCUUCCUCGUCCGCUUCCUCGUUCCCAAGAGCUUCGCCGAGAAUCCCCCCAAGCCGGCUUCCUCCCUCAACCUGCACAUCCGUCGCGCGCCGUCGCUCUGCGUCGCCGUGCGAGCCUUCUCCGGAUUCGCGACGGAUUUUAAUGUUGCACAGGAGGCGGCGAAUCUUGGCGACAGCCUGGCGAGUACCGCAUGGGCGAAUGUUACUGCAGCGUUGGGAGGCGAGGCGUACAGCAUUGCGGAGUAUAACUCGCCGUUCGAGCUGAUUGGACGGGUGAACGAGAUUUGGGUGCCGUUUAGGGAGGCUGACGGGGAGCAGGAUAAGUGCACUCCAUAG